CAGAAUUGUUCCUAUUUCGUUGAUACAAUGAACAAUUGUAAGAAAAUUAAAAACAUUGGCUAGCUGCGCCGACGUGAUGAAAUAUAAUCAUACAACACUUGACAUUGAUAAUAAUACAUACUUCAUAUUUUGGAUAACUCACUUACCCGCAGUUUAUUCAACAUGAUUGCGCGUUCAAUUAUCGAACUUGUGUUUGUUUGUUGUUGCGUUAGCCUAGUGCAAUGUCGGCAAAGAAUUAAAGUGCGUUUAGAUGGCGGUAAUCAACCUUAUGCAGGUCGUGUGAUGGUUUACUAUGCUAAUACAUGGGGUGGCAUCUGUGAUAAUGGAUGGUCAAAGAAAAACGCUGAAGUCAUCUGCCGACAACUUGGAUACCAAGGCGUCGUUUUAUAUACUAAAGGUAAGUUUUAUGGACGUCAACCUCUCUACAUUGGACCAAGAGGAUCAAGAAGAAGAAGAACACGAAUUUGGCUAGAUAGAAUCAGUUGUAAUGGGAGAGAAUACAAUUUAGGAAAUUGUUUACGUGGACAUAAUCGCUGGGGUCAAGUACGCUGUAGUAGAAGACGUCUAGCAGGAGUCAUGUGUGAUCCAGGAAUGAAAAUAUUAGUAAAAACACCACCACAACACAACAUGACACUUCACAUUGAUAUAAAGAAAUUUCAUCUUACGUUAUUACCAAAGAAAACUACAAACAAAGAUGUCGUCACUGAAGGUCUUCUCAUGAUAAACUACGAAGGAAAGAAAACUGGAAUGAUUUGUUCAAAUCAAUGGGACAAAAACUCUCGUGUGGCUUGUGGUGAACUGGGAUUUACACAUGCAGUAAAGGCAGAAAACCUAGCAAAUGUUGAUGAGUAUAGAAAGCAAUACCAAUCUCAAUUUCCAUAUGGGGAUGUAGCAUGUAACGGAAACGAGGCUUCCCUUUUGUCAUGCAAGUCUUCUGGACUACGGGCACAGACAUGUUCCAGCGGUCAGGCAGUUUGGUUGAAAUGUGAAACAAAAACACCAAUCGCUCAUGUAAGACUCCAUGCUGGUGUUGUACCAUGGGAAGGCCGUGUUGAAGUGCACGAUCGAGGAAAAUGGGCAACAGUUUGUGAUAAAGAUAUGGACAUUUUAACAGCUAAUGUUAUCUGUCGAUCGUUAGGGCAUGGAACCGCUAAAGAAUAUGCUUUGGGCACCGUUUAUGCACAUGCGAUGGAUGAUAUGAAAAUAUACAAGGCGAUCAGUUGCACUGGCAUGGAGACACAUUUGCACAGCUGUGUUUGGACAAGCAGUAAUCCGCCUGGAUAUCCCCACUGUAGACAUUAUUCUGAUGUCGGUGUUAAAUGUAAUGUUCCCAAGAAAAGAAGUAAUGUUGAGAUUCGUCUCGGUGGCAGUAGAGACUACAACACUGGUAGAGUUGAGGUUAAAGUUAGUGGAAAAUGGAGGAUAAUCUGCGGUGAUCGAUGGACAAUGAUGAACUCAGUAGUUACAUGUAGACAACUUGGACUGGGUCACGCAGUGGCCAACUACAGUACAUCACAUUAUGGUACAAAUGGUACAAUAAUAUGGACCGGGGUCACGUGUCUUGGACAUGAAGCUUCAUUGGAUCAAUGCCUACGUCACGAAACAUAUAAUUGCUCUCAAACUAAACGUGUCGCUGCCGUAAGAUGCAAAAAAGUUGCACCAGAUUUAGUCUGGGACAUCAUAGAAUUAAAGAAAACAAUGACGAUCAGAACAUUUCCAAUUGCGUCCUUACGUUGCGCUUAUGAAGAGAAGUGCUUGGCAUCCAGUGCUGACGAUCAAUUCAAAGAAAUUCGAUUACGACGCGAUUGGUUAGGAUAUGUCCGACGUUUACUCAGAUUUUCAGCAAAAGUUCAUAAUGUUGGAACGGCUGCUUAUCGACCAUAUUUACAGAAGAAUGCUUGGCAAUGGCACAGUUGUCAUCGUCAUUAUCAUUCUGAUGAAGAAUUUGCAUUUUACGAUCUCAUCGAUCCUCAUACACACAAGAAAAUGGCCGAGGGACACAAAGCUAGCUACUGCUUGGAGGAUACCAAAUGUGAUGAAGGAGUAGAUCAGUUCUAUUUCUGUGAAAACAGAGGUGAUCAGGGGAUAUCCGUGAAUUGUCACGACAACUAUGACUACACAUUGGAUUGUCAAUGGGUUGACGUCACAGAUCUAACUGCGAGGGGUCGCUCAUACAAACUACGUCUUGUCGCAAAUCCCGCUCUUAAAGUUGGCGAGUCAGAUUAUUCCAAUAACGUGGUCCUGUGUGACGUCAUUGACCGUGGUAGAUACCUCACGGUUGGUGCGUGUCUUCAAGAAACUUGCGUCAGUGGCGUUCGUUCACAUCAUGGCAAUGGUAACUUCGCCUGUUGUCGAUUUCCCUUUAUAUACAAAGGCUUGUCACGUGAUACAUGUCUCCAUGACAACCAAAGUGGACAGUUCUGGUGUGCAAUAUCUGCGAAUUUUGACCAAGAUGGAUUGUUUGGUUACUGCUAAACAAAUGAAAUUCAAUGUCUAUCUUUUAAUCCAAUUUAUUUAUACAAUCGAUGAAACAGUAUUACCCAUUAAAUAAAUCUUUCUCGUGCAUGUA